AUGGAGAUUGGUGUACGAGCUCCUGUUCAGAACUCCGUUCGAAGCCGUGAGCCCCUGCGCGAUCCGAGGAGGAUUGCGCGGAGUGCUUUGGGCAGCCCAUUUGGAAAUGAAGCAUGCGAAGUAUGCAGAGUCUCCUCGUGGUUCUUGCCAGUUGCGUUCGGCUAUUGCGGUUUCAGGCACAAAGCUGGAAGAGUGUCUUUACGGGCACUUGCCAUGAAAAACAGAAGUCUCGUCAAGAGGGGCAAAAUACUGCCUGCGCAGCCGGUGCCAGAUGGGAUCGUAGCACCUCCUUAUGUUGCUGAUCCAGACCAAGUACGUGGCUGGUGGAACUCCCGAAUUGAAACAAAGACGGAUGAAGACAUUGAGGCCAUGAGGUCUGCUGGACAGCUGGCACAUGCGGCCUUGGACUUGGCCGCGGGUCUCAUUCGGCCAGGCGUCACUACUGAGCAGAUGGACAAGGAACUGCAUACCUUUAUGUGUGACCAUGGAGCUUACCCGAGCGAUCUCCAGUACAAAGGCUUCCCGAAAAGUGUCAUGAUCAGCAUCAACGAAGUGAUUUGUCAUGGCAUUCCCGACUGCCGCCCGCUGGAAGAUGGUGAUCUGGUAAAUGUGGAUGUGACGCUCUACAGACAUGGCUUCCAUGCAGACACUGCGCGCACAUGGAUGUGCGGUAAGGCAGAUCCAGCAGGCGAGCGUCUUGUGGUGUCAACGCGAGAGGCGCUGGAUGCCGCUGUGGCCGUUUGUGGUCCUGGAGCCCCUUUGAAAGCCAUCGGCGAUGCAGUAGCAAACAUUGCUGAACGCGAAGGCUUCGGCAUUGUCAAGACCCUGGUUGGCCAUGGAAUCGGAGAGUUUUUUCAUGGAGUUCCACAGAUCUUCCAUUGCCGCAACAGCGACAAUCGAAAGAUGCAGGAAGGCACCACCUUCACCAUCGAACCGGCGAACCAGAGUGGUUUACGUGGGAAGACGGAUGGACCGUCGCGACAACGGCACAAGCACACGUGUCACAGACUUGCAGAGAGCCUUUGCCGCAUGGAGCAGCUCCGGGAGAGACGUCGACGUCCCUCCGCUGCAGUUCGGCUUUUCCUCUUGUUGGGGCUCUUGUCGGCGAAUGCGAAUCAGUUCGACUGCGACACGCCGACCUGCGCUCGACAUAGUAACUGGCUGCCAGCGCCAUAUCCCAACUCGACAGAUAUUUGCAAUGAGCUCCAGAUCAAGGCGCUGCAGAGCUUCGUGUCUGUGGCGCCCCAGCUGUGUCGCGAGUGGGCAGCUAACGGACUGGGAGUCUGGGAAGAUUGCCGCAAGUCAUAUUGUCAGGCCUUGGGAGACCUAGCUUCGAACUUGUCGCAUGCAGGCAGCAACCUGUAUUACGGAGGUGAUGAAUGCCGGCCACUCGUAAAUUUCAACCAAACACUCUGUGAGACCGUUUAUCGCGAUGCUGAAGGCUUCUGUGAGUGCUUUUGCCCAUCUUUCGGUUUACUACAAGUCCCAAGCGUAGGGGGCUGCGAGUCCAAGAUCUACGAAUUUCUCUUUCUUGGACGCCGGGGGUUCGAACUCAGCCAGAAGUAUGCGCUGAGUGGCUAUUGUGCAGGCUUCCUAUGUGAGUUCAUGAACAAACUGGGGGAGCCUGAUCCGCCUUACCCGAUAGAGGGCAUUCCUGGGAAGUGCAAGAGCUUGGAAUUGCCGUGGCGAGUCGAGGGUUGCGUGAACUUAGUUUCAGAACAGCCAUACAACCCAGAAGCCUGGAAAACACCAUAUCCAGAGGAUGAUGUCAUGGAGUGUGUCGACAAGACUACACACGAAGUGGACGUUCGCCACGCUGAUACCAUGCAAGUUUGCAACACGCAUAAAUUCAGGUGGCGAUGUCCUAACAACGUGCCUGUAAUGUGCAAGGAUCCUUAUUAUUGCACAGGGGACCACUGCUGCGUACAAACUGUUGACGAAUGUCCAUCGGGUGAGCGAGAGGCAUCUCCGAUGCUUGCUUUGGAGCUGCCAGAGUGGAUUGGCCGGUUUCCACCCGACAUGAUUGAGAGCCUUCGUACUACAACAAGCUUAGACGCUUAUUCCCAGUUUCUUGGCAGCUUGGGCACGACAUCACGUGCACCAAGUUUCGCCCAACAGAUUUCUGAUUACGCGUGGGCCGGAAGUGCGAUGCUUGUCGUCAUUGGACUUACUUGCUCUUGCCUGGCAUGUUACUAUAUGGGACUGAUUAACGCCAGCCACGUUCGCAAAGUGGUUCUUGGCCCAGCCCGUCUUCUCAAUGCCUACCACGCCGACCCAGUGACUUUUUUUGCAUCUGGCAACCUGCCUCGCAACAAGAAGCGCGAAGCACCUCUCCCACCAAUGAGACCUGCACACGAGAUCGAAGAGGAGCGCAGAGAUAAUGAAGCUUGCGCAGCACUUGAGGACGCAUGGGACAUCGCGUCGCUAAAGGGAAUGCGACAUUUGGUGGGAAGGGCGAACGAUCCGGACCCCUUCCAGGCCAAGCUAUUGCGCGAUGCCAUUUCCAUAGCCCGAUCAAGGGGCCUUCAGGCAGCCUUCGCUGAAAAGCAAUGCCAGAAGCAGGUGAUUGUAGAGUACCGUUGCCGGCAGGUUCGUGCUGGUGUGGCAGACGUUCUUCAGAAGGGGGAGAAAUGGCUGAGCACCUUGGAGGCCGAAAGAGAACUACUGCGAGCCGUAGAGGAAGCUCGCCCUGAUCUCCGAUGGGCUGCCCAAGUCAGGUUGACCGAGGCACCUGUCGUGGGCAAGCCGUGGAUAGCCACGACUAUGUUCAAAAUGGCCGAGAGCGAGGUGCGAAGCAGCGGAUGGAAGCACAUUGAAGAUCUACGUGCUGCCGUCCAGGUUGCAGAGUCUCGGGACAUCAGCGAGUCGCACAUGAAGGAGGCGCAGGCGCUUCUAGCGGCGCUGGUUGCACGCACGCACGAGCUUCCCUCCGAUCGAUGUGUUCUGGAUCCAGACGGCGAAGGUAUCAAGCUGCUGCCAAAGGGCCACCAAAGAGCUGUUUGGCCAGUCACAGGUGACACCUACACCUACGAGCAGGGCUCCUCGCAAGGAGGUGACAUGGGUGUGGAUAUUUUACCUCCGAAAGAAGUCUUGGGUGAUGCUGCUGUCGAUGAUGCCCGGCCAGUAUGUGCCGAGUGGGCUAAGUCUUCUCGCUGCAAAGCAGGCCGCGACUGCCCCUGGCGGCACUGCCGGCCGCAGGCUGGUGACUCCGUGCGUGAGUGCAUCCUUUUCGACGUGUAA